UGGAAUCCCCCAAAAGUCUUUUUUUUUUUUUUUCGUCAGAGGGGCGGUGAACAGGUCCGCGCUAAGGAGCUUUGAUGUGUUUGACCUGUUAGUGUGUGAAGGUCUGCCACAAGCCAUUGUCAGUGAGGUUGGUGCGAUGAAUCAACAAGCAAGAUUAUGGUUGAAGAAAGGAAUGAAGACAACAGAAGUGGGCAGCAGGUGAAGGAAGACUCGGUCGGCAGUGGAUCGCUUAUACCAUCCAUUCUGCCGUAUACUUUCUACUCUCUUUCUACUCUCUUUCUCUCUCUGUGCCUUCCCCACCCCUCCCCCUCUCGGAAGGUUGUUUUUGUAAUCGACUGGAGAGAGCAGCUAAGGUGAAGAGAUUAGGUAUAGCUAUCCUUACCAGUCAUUAUUACCUCUCUCUUGCAUGCUGAGUCUUUCUCUGCCUUUCCCCCUUGUCAAUUUGAACAAAGUUGUAAUUAUGUGUAGGUGCGGAACUCAGUUAAACUCUGUCGUUACUGUCGUCAGGUCAGCAUAGUCUGGGGAACAAGGUGCAGAAAGCCUGCACACCCCCACACGCAGACACAACAGGAGCACGGGAACGCGCACAGAAAAUAGAAAGAAACAAUCAGGAGUGUGGCCUGUCACAAUGGGUCCUACAGGGGCAACUGUGAUGUUUGGCUCUGCAGUUUCUGCUGACAGGUUAUUGAAUUCCAAUCCUUUGCCUUUGCCUUCCUUUUCCUCCUCCUCCUCCUCCUCCUCCUCCUCCUCCUCCUCCUCCUCCUCUCCAUCCUCCUCGAAUUCGGCUGUGGGAAGAGCAGCACCCAAGCACUCCGUGCCAUUCGAGCAGAAGAAGCUGCAAUUAUUCUCUGGGAACGUAGCGAGUUAUCUUCCAAAGUCGUGCGCAGGUUUUCGUGGGCGAUUCGCUCGAUGCUUGGCUCUCGAGGUAGCUAAGCAGGAAAGUCUCUCCUUUGCAAGUGGAUGUCGUGCUGUGCGACAACUAGGAGGACAAACAGGAGCUGGAGGCAGAAGGUCUAGCCUCCGUAGAAAAGGACAUGCGCAGAAUGAUCAAAGAUGGGUACUGGUGAGGGCCAUGGUCUCCACAGGUGGAAGUGGAGGUGGUGGGGGGGGAGGAAGUUCCACCAGUGCCUGGGCUCCUAGCGCAGCGUCCAUCGAAGCCAAGGAGAUGGAAAGAGUGACAGCUAAAGAGUCUCUGCUGCUUGCGAUCAAAGACGCAGGGGGUUGGGAGUCUUCCUUCUCUGGAAAGACGUCAUCUGCCGCCGUCGCUGAUGUCAAUGAAAAGGUCUUGGCCCUAGAACGACUGAACACAGUGCCGCGACCGACUACUUCUCCUCUCUUUGAAGGAAGGUGGCAGUUUGCAUGGACCGGUGUUCAGAGCCCAUUGUUGCUUGCUUCAGGCGCUGUACUCGGCCAGAUGCCUGCGCAACUCGCUACCGUUGACUCCCUUCAGCUCUUGAUAACCUCUCAGGCGGCGCGCGUGUCGGCAGUAUUGAGGCUCCUCUCCUCGGUUGUCACCGUGCUUAGCUUGACCUGCAAAUUGUCGGUGGAGGGUCCUACCCGUCUGACAGAAGAGUUCGUCGAGGGUGCAGUGGACAUGCCUGCACUUGCUGAAGACACUGCCCCUGAUAUUCUCAAGUCCUGGUCUCAACAACUGAGCACUCUCGCUCAGAGCCUACCGAGGAACGUAACCCAGACUCUUGAAGACGGCCUUAAGAUUCCGCUGGCUGGCAGCUAUUCGCGGAGGAUUCUGGUAUCUUAUCUCGACGAGGAGAUUCUCAUAGCCAGGGACCAAGCAGGCGCACCGGAGGUUCUUGUGCGAAUGAACCUCCUUGACUCUGACUCCGGCACAGAUGUGGAUUAUGUUCCACCACCAGAAGAUUAUGAAUCUUGAUUGCCGCACCUGGACCCCUGAUUGUCUGGCCCACUGACCUAGCCUCCUGACUUUUCUCUCUUAUUGUUGUCGUCGAUGGUAGAGCUCGCUACAGUUGAAUCAAGUCGUUGCUGAAUUGACAAGAACUGACUUGACGGAUGACCUCGAGAGCUCGAACUCUCAAGUAUCGUUUGGAUUAAAGUUUUGUGUAGGCCUGGUUUCACUUGAAUUACCAGUCGAGUCGAUUCAGGAGUCAAGAAGGAAGAUGUUUGACUGAAGCCCUCAUUGGUCAAUUGACAAGAACUGACUUGAGGAAAGGCUUUGAGUUUGAACUCAAGUUGGUUUGGAUUUUGUGUAGGCCUGGUUUCGCUCGAGCUACCAGUCGAGUCAAUUCAGGAGUCAAGAUGGUUCUCGCCCGCGUUGGGAUGCCAUGAGCUGGAACCGUAUACUGUGAAAGUAAAGCCUCGCGGUUUUCAGUUCGUACUUGCAGUGUGAAUGCAUCUCGCCCGCUUUGGAAUGAAGAGGUACAUUGUUAACUCUGGUCGUGUGAGAUAGGCAUAGCAGGGGGUGGAUACCAUGUUGGCCCGGGAUGUUUGUGUCGUAAUUUAUCGCGACAUCCAUCAUGUUGAAUCAUGUCAGAGCCCCUUGAGUGCUGAUUUUGUCAAAGCUGACAGCGUUUCUCUUUUCUUUUUAUUUUAUUUUCCCCUUACCAAUGAGGGUGUAGAUAUGACAUAUAUAUGCCAGUGAAUGCAUCACUUGGGAUCUCUGUAUGGACGUUUGUAGCAGCUGAACCUCUAUGUACGAGUCGACGCGUGCACUCACAGUUGGUAGAAUGUCCACUUGUGGUGCAACUGGUAGUCCUCGUUGGGCUGUGCUGUAUGUCUGGACCACCGUAUCGGCGCUUUGCUGCUGGUUUUCAAGUUUUCCACUUGCCUCACGCUGCCUUGCUGCCAUACUGCUUGGGCUUGAUACUCGACUUCACUGCUUGCCUCUCUUGCUCUGUUGCCCGUUUGCCUGUGUUGUUGCUUGACCCCCUGUUGGUGCUUUGCUUGUUUGCCUUGCUGCCUGCCUUGUUGCUUGCCUUGCCGCCCAGCCACCUGCUUGCUGGACUCUGUGCCUGGCUGUUACUUGCCUUAUCGCUUUUCUGUUUGACUUUGUCCUGCCUCCCUGCUUGUCCUUUGCUCUACCGCUACCUCCUUUGCCUUGCUGCCUGUGUUUCACGUCUGACCCCUCCUGUUCCCGACCCCUCCCGUUCCCGAUAGUCAAGCGGACGAUGAGGGUGCAAGCGCUGUGUCCUCUCCUCCCGCUCGAACCCUCCCAUUCCCGACCCAAACCCUCCCCCAACAGCCCUCAACCCCGAGCUAUCCACUCG